GACCUGUCUUAGUUUUGUUCCAGCUGUUUACACCUGUCAGAUUUUGAAGUAGUCAUAUAAAAAAAAAUUGAAAAUAUUUCCUACAUCAUUAUUGUUCAGCUAAAACACGUAGCUACAUAGAGAAAUAUCUAUCUAUUGUGCAAUUACCAUUUAAAUGGCUGUAAUUUGUUGCUUGUCAUUUCAAAGUAACCUUAAGUGGGGGGGGUUGAUGCACUUUAGCAAAGCUUGAGGUUCAGAUUGUUGGAAAAUAAGUAUUUAUUGUGUGUCAUCGAUUAUGAUUGUGAUUGAUAAUGUGGGGCCCAGUCCCCCAGCAAGGAUUAAGAGGCAGUUGGUGAAAAGAAUUAGGUGGGGGUUUCUCCUGGGGCUUAUGGUUCUCAUCUAUGGUUCUCAUGCACCACUCAUCACUCUCACUAAGGUAGAUGGUAAAGUCCCUUUUAACUCUUCCUCAUGUGUUGUAAUGAUUGAGUUAGCUAAACUGCUCAUCUCUCUGAUGACUCUUGUUCUCACUGGUGGUACAUCAAACUUGUGUGCUUUUCCACGCCUUGCCUUCGUGGCCCCCUAUGCAGUCCCUGCUAUACUUUACGCCCUCAACAACAACCUGGUUGUUCUGAUGCAGGCCUACAUGGACCCAAGUUCAUUCCAGGUACUGUCAAAUCUUAAAAUUGCCUCCACUGCCCUGCUUUACUCCCUCUGUUUGGGCAAGAGGUUCCGGCCUGCUCAGUGGUUAGGCCUGGGGCUCCUCAUGUUUGCAGGCGUGUUCCACAGUUACAGUAACCUGGAUUUGGAGGAACCUGAAAAGGGUGAAGCUGAGGAAGUUGAAAGGCUUCAUAUCACAGCCUGGGGGCUUUUCCUUGUGCUGGUGUACUGCUGUGUUUCAGGGCUGGCAGCAGUUUACACAGAGGGGAUACUGAAGAGCCAGCAGCUUCCCCUGAGCCUACAGAACCUCUACCUCUAUAUAUUUGGUGUGGUAAUCAAUGGACUGUCAUCUUUUUCCUCUGCGGCAAGUGACAAAGGCUUUCUGGAAGGCUACUCGUGGGUGGUUUGGGUCAUCAUAGCAGGACAAGCAGCAAAUGGACUCCUGAUGUCUGUGGUUCUCAAACAUGGCAGUGGGAUCACCAGACUGUUUGUCAUUUCCUGCUCCAUGCUGGUUAAUGCUCUGUUGUCUUGGUCCACCUUAGGUUUGCAGCUGACUGCUUUAUUCCCAGUACCCGUUGCUAUGAUUGGAUUGGCAGCUUACCUUUACUACAGAUAGUGCAGUCUUUAAUAAAAGAACCACCAGCACAGUUUGACCCCACAAAAGCUCUCAGUGGAAGCUACCUAAACUUUUGUUUUUUAGGGUUUUUUAUUGCCUUAUCUUCCACCUGAAACUUGAAACUCUUCUUUUUUUAUUUGGAUUCAACACGUGUUUGUGACCAUAUUACUCAUACCUGUUAAGUCAUGUUACCUAAUUUGACUUUACGAUUGUGUUACACUGCAGUAAAUUCAGAUCAAACAGUAAACAAAUGUUAUAUGGAGUGAAUUAUUUCCGAUGACUGCUGCUAUUUUUUUCAUUUUUUUAUCACCUUCUCUGCCAAGAACAACAUCAGAGAUAAAGUGUUAUGCAGUGUUUUAAUAACCAAUAAACUGUCAAAAAAUA